AUGACCUGGAUUGCCAACCAGCUCUUGCCACCCAACAAGCCGCUUGUUGCAACCGCUGAAACCCCCAGCAAGAAGAGCUACUGCUUAUUUUCGACCAAUAAACGUCACCCCACAAUUCCCUCGAAUAAUGGCAGUGUCGGCGGCGAAGGUGAGGCUGUGCUCUAUCUCUGCAUCCAAGCACACAAGCUACCAAAGCUUAAACGUCUUAUUACACUCAUUGAGCAGCCCAAAUGGAAGAAAAUCCUCUACGCGCCGCAGCCAUACGAGGACAAUUACGUCGAUGAAACAUUCCUGGAGCAGAUGCGGACGAACACUAACGUGCAAGAUCACGACUACGGGGGUAUGGUUCGCUCGUCCGCGGCCAUCACGCAGCAAAUUUGCGCCGUCUUGAUCUUUUUUUCAGUGUUUGAGUUCGUCCGUCAAGAUGCAGUCUCCGCUGUGCUGUUGGGCGUCAUCGACGUAUUCCUCGCGGUGACGGGCUUUGCAGUGCUCCGAAUUCACCUUGGUCUACCUUUGCACACAAUGAAUACGCUAAGCUCUUGUCUUCUGUUCUGCGCCACGUUGUCGUUGCUGUCGCCCGUGCUACGGACCCUCACGAAGUCUUACGCGGACGACACGAUUUGGGCGUUGGCGAUAUUCUUGGGCCUCUUGCACCUCAUCACCCACGAUUACAAUUACGUCAACUCAGGAAUCGGACGCUUCAGCGGCACCAUCUCACUAAACGCCGCCAUCUUCACCGCGGUACUGCUAGGAUCAAGGCUGCAGUCCAAUGAGCACGUGUUCGCCUUCGUGCUACUGGCAAUCGAGAUCUUCGCCAUGUUUCCCAUUUUCCAGCGCGAAGUCAAGCGCCACUCGGAGCGGCUGCACCUCACAACGGCGGUCGCGCUGUUCGCGCUCUCGUCGGCACUGACCUGGCAGCUGUCGGGCCUGCUGAGUGUUCUAGCGGGCGCCUUCGUGCUCUUCCUGGCCUUCGUGUGCCCGCUCUGGUUCAUGCACGUGCAGGAGUCCAAAAAUGAGAUUCUUGGCCCCUGGGACAUCGCCCACAUCCAGCCCGAGCAUUAA